GGAUACAUGCAGGGGAGUGCUGGCAGAGUGCGGUGUGGGGGGAGCGAUACCCCGAUCAGCCCGAUAACCGUAUCAUUGGCAAAGGGCAGCAUAACGGAAGACUUUAUAGGCAUUAUAUCAUGGCAAAGCGAUCAGUCCCUCACACUAAUUCAUAAGUUUGAAGAGAUGCAGGUACCAACGACCAACCAGUUACUGUUAUGAUACUAAGCAUCGCCACCUAUCAGAAUUCAGCCCUAACUUACAUGUCACCGCCCCAUUAUCAGGUUGGUGCCAUUGCAGAAAGGAAAACAGCGCAGCCCCCGAAAACCCCCCACACCAGCCGGUUUUUUUCAUAGGCUUAAAAGUAACUUAUCUUGUUCCCUGUCGGACAACCGCCUUUCCAAUUUUCUGACUCACCAUUUUAGCCAAGCGGGCGUCAACCAGACCCCAAUCUAUUGCUUGGGUUUAAUACCCAUGGCGAUGAUCUGCCCUGCCUGAAGCCACCUCACGCUGAUAUCGGCACACCACCUCACCUCACCACCCCAACACACCACCACAUCGCCGUUCCCACGAGCAGCGUUUUCGCUUUCGCCCCAUGGGUCGUACAAAAAGGAAUAUCGCCGAUAGCCGGCGAAAGGAGCGGAGUCAGAGAAACCUGGUCAAUAGCAUCGAAAAGAGAGAUGAAGAAAUAUACGAAUGCAUCAUCGUGCGGUUUGUUGCCUCCAGUUUCAUUUUUUUCUUGACGGGGUCAAAGUAUGGCGACUGAUUCCGCCAGACUUCCCGACGAGAUCGGGGCAUGUGGAGGGACACGAGAAGGCGUGAACACUCCGGUGACCAACGGUGGAGUCGUUCAAGCUGUGCACUCAGCGGAGCAUUUGACAUGCCCGAACGGUACGCUCUCCAUAAGAGCGUCCGAGGCGAGAAAUACACGUUUGCGGGCUCGGGCAAAAGUCUUUGCGCCAGAGCCCGAGCAGGGUGCGUUGACUCCAAUCCGCGGGGUACGAGCGCGGGGAUCGGUGUGUGGAAACCGAAUACACAAAGCUCCACAAGCAGAGAUGAGCAGGAUUUCCAUCUCCCCACAGCGAGCAGUUACUCGUAAAAGGGAAGCGAGAGCGGCGGAUACGCCCGCGAAAAAUCCGCCAGCGAGGCGGGGUGCCCAGAAUUCGUCCAACCAUCAUUCCACAUCCACCGUGGAAACACCCAAGUCAAUCCUUAGGCGGAGCACCAGAAAAAUCCCUGUUUCAUAUUUUCCGCCUGCGGAGACGAGGCGGAGCCUUGCGGGGCCGGCUAAGAGGGCUAAGGCGCGAGUGAUCCAGGAAUCGGGGGCUAUUAUAUUUCGCCCAGAGAUAGACGCUGACAUCCCAACUGAAUUUGAGGAGAGUAACGUUCGGGCAGAUCUGACGGGUGAGUAUCCGUAAUCUCUCCCGGGGUAUUGUCUCCCAAGGGCAGAGGAUGGAAAUCGCUGAUGAACGAACAGGUAGACCGGCCGUUCCAGUGGGGCGGGGUGGGGGAUGAGUCAAUGUGUGAAAGAUCCGACUGUUCGGAUCACUGCUUUAUGGUUCUGGAGUCUAUGCUGUAGCAAUUCAGGUUCUGUAUGAGUUUAUGAGAUCCCAGAGGAAAUGUAUUUCUAAGGGGGCACGAGAGGCAUUUGCUUUCUGGUCGGAGCACGAUUUUAUUUGUCAGCGUUUGUGAAGUUUCAAGGGAGGGGUCGUAUUUUUCGGGCGCGCAUUUUAUGAGUAUCAGACUUAACUUCCGACAAGCGACGGGUUACAUAUAUGGGCCUGGGACAGGUCGUCUCCGUAGGUAUGGGAGUUCUGGAAUGUUUACACAACUUGUUUGCAAGAGAGAGAGGGGGAGAAAUUCAACAGUGUGGGAUCGAACCUUAAAGACAGAUUCCAUCAUUUCCGGUUUGAG